UGGUCGAGUUUUAUUAUUUUUUUCUACUCGUUGUUAUUCUGAUUUCUCGGUAGUAAAAAUACAUUUCAUUUUCAAAAGUCAGAAGUCGAAGUAAAGGUGCGAGAAAACAGGAAUAUUCUAUUUCGAGAUUGUUUAUUUUUUCAAUUUUUUUUUCAAAUUAUUCCUUCAGGGUGAAUCACUUUAUAAGUUCGUACUCAACUGAUACACUCAUCAAUUCGUCACAUGCUCGUCUAAGAAUCACCUCCACUCAAAAACCAUCUACUUAUUCCACACACACCACUUCAAAAAAUGAACCUCCUCACCGAAUUCCACCGCAUAACCAAACAAAUCCGGGGCAAAGAGAAUAUGUUCGGUUACGAAACAACAACAGCCAAUCAACUCUACCUAUUAUACUGCAUUUGCGGCAAAAUAUACUUCACUGAUAAAAUCCAUUCUCAAAUGAAGUACUUCUGGUUCUUCUUGAACCUGAGCGGAAUCCUGGUAGCUUACAGCAUCGGUUUAGUUUGCUUUUUCUACGAUACUAAACAAGACGUUCGAAUGCAGCUCGAGAUAAUGAAUGCCGUAGGAAUCUCUACAGAUCUAGGUAUCUUUUUCCCAGUGAUCGUGUAUUACUAUAGGGAAGGAAUCGAGGCAAUGAUCAGCGGAAUCGACCAAGUGCUAAAAUCCAAACCGAAAUCCCUCCAGCAGCACGAACCUCGAGACAGGAUUAACGCCAAGACCAUGAUAGUGACAAAUUUCAGUAUCGUACUGGCGAUGGACCUCAUCUACUUGUUUAUUUGCCACUUGGACUUGAUGUUUUUCUACGAGGAAUCGAAAGUGAAAAACUUCAUGUACUAUACGCUUCCGUUACCAAAUAUAGACGAACACGGCAGCAAGAAACUACUCUACGCUAAUUUCUUGAUGUUUAUGUUUUUCUCGCCGUUAUUUUGGUUCCAGUGGAUUGCCGGAGUUAGUAUGAUAUCGUUGUGGGGUGCCACUUGCCACAACGAGUUGAUUUUCGUCAGAGAUCAAUUCGAUCACAAGAUGGAUAUAUUGAACGAUCCCAUUAGCAAAAAGUACAAUCAGAAUCUCUCAGGUUGGAAUAGAGUUUACAAGAAGAUCUUGGUCAAGGAUGUGCAUGAUUUCAAUAGGAUUGCCAAGGUGAUCAAUCAUUUUCGAGGAUUUGUCGAAUUGUUUUGUUCGAUUUCCAUACCGGUUGAUUUUCUGGUUCAAGUGGCUCAACUUUACGUCACAAUUUCGGUAGAUGCUGUAUCGUUUUCAAUUUACUGCUCACCUUGGUACUGGUCGACUGCAGUUCGCAAAGAUGUGCAUAUAUUUUUAAAUCAGACCCGAAGGACGAAGAAUUUAUUCAUGAUCAAGGUGUACCCGCUGCUGCUCAGUAAUUUUGCUCGUUUCGCUCAUACGAUAUUGUCUUGCGUGAAUAUAUUACGCAGACUUACAGUGAAAUCGAAAUCUCCAUCUCUUUAUCGUACAAUGUAA